ACAAGGUGCUGGUGUAAACGGUUACCAAUAUCAAUUUCAUCGUUAGAGUUUUACUUUAGACGUUUAUUGACACCCUGGAAUUCAAAAUAUGAAUAAUUUAACUGUAUAACAAUAUAUAUUUAUACCCCAUGUAGUGUUUAAUUCGCGUUUGAGACAGGACUUGCUUGAUAUGUUAUCAAGGUAACACUAGCUAGCUGCUUAGCUAACAAUGGCUAACUGUAUGGUUUUUCACACUCAAAUAGCCUCCAUUAUGGAGGUGCUAGCGAAUACAGCCGUGUCAGAGAUCUGUAAACUCGUAGACGACGACUAUGCAGUGUUUCGUUUGGAAAUAACUCAAAGCCAGAAAGAAAACCGGGCUCUUCGGAGGAAACUACAGCUACUGGAACUAAAGGGGUCACGGGAGCGCAUCCUCGCAAGUCGUCCCAGAAGUGUCAAGAUCCUCGACCGAUACAGAGGAAUGGCAAGAGGUGAAGGACAUCUCACUGGAGGCCACAGGAACUUUGUUAAACCAGCGGGACACAAUACAUGGAGAGAUGACCAAUCAAUCACUGUUGAUGAGGGGAGUGGAAUCUCAACCCAGCACCCUAUCAUGAUAGAGUCUGCAGGUCCUGGGGUCAAGCAUGAGAGGUCUGAACGAGAGCCACAACACAGCAGAGACAUCCAGACUGUAGCAGCAGUUGGAGUGACGCCCCCUGUAGACACUGAGGGCCUUACCACUGCCGUGCCCCAGCCCAGGACCCGAUGCAGCAUCACGGAGGAGGAGGAGGAGGGUCCAGAGGUGCAGCUGGUGAAGGAGGAGGGGUGUGAGGAGAGUCUGGGAAACCCUGAGGGGACCAUGGUCAUGGAGGACAACCAGACUACACCUCCUUCUGAAACCACAGAGGAACCAACUGAGCAGCACAGGAACACACACAGUCUCACAGAGUCAGUAGACAUGGAGGAUGGGAAGCCUGACCUGCUGCUGGUCAAAGAGGAGACAAUAGAAGAAGGACCAGAGAGCAUUGAUCUGCUGAGUGGACUAAAGAUGGGGGCGCAAGGUGGUUGGCUGGAGGCUAACAGAGGAGACUGGGCUGCCAUCUUGGAUUCCCAGACCCAGACUGGUGCACCCAAGGGCUCAGGGGAUGAUAUCACUGAGCAGGCCAGGACCAGAGGCGACAUAGUGGAGAUCAGUGGAUGGGACAGUGUCCUCAACUCUGGAGUGGGGAACAACACCUUGAACCAAAACCAGAAACAGAUAGUCAAACACAAAACAACAACCAAACUCAGUCUCCAUGACAACAGACUGGCUGAGACCAGGGCAAGGUGUAGAUUUGGUCUGCAGGGACCGGGAGGUGUCCUUAUGCGGCGGGACAGAACAGACACAGACUCGGCUAGUGAUGCUCCGUCCUGCUCCUAUAGUUGUGAUUCAGAGAGACUAAUGGUGCCUCAGGUUAACCCCCUAACAGGUGCAGCCUUCAGUCUGCCUUCUGUAGGAUCUAUCAACUGGAACAUGGACCCUGCGACAACACAGACACUCCCUGGCAUUUGUCCUCCUCAUAGUCUCCUAAUGUUAAACCAGACCUCAGACAAUGCCAGUGGCUCAACACUAAAUGGCUACACAAGCCCAUUGACAAAUGACAGUAGUAGUAACGCUAUCAGCAGAUCUGGUGGCAAAGAGAAGCGCUUCCCGUGUUCAUUCUGUGGGAAAGCCUUCAGUUUCCCCAAACAGGUGGAGAUCCACCAGAGGAUGCACACGGGGGAGAAACCAUUCAGCUGUCAUCUUUGCCGGGCCAGUUUCUCCCAGUUGUCCAACCUGAAGAGGCACCAGAGGGUUCACACUGGGGAGAAGCCUUACAGCUGCCCCCAGUGUGAGAAGAGGUUCUCCCACCAGCACCAUCUGAAGAUACACCUGAAGGUCCACAUGGGGGAAAGGUCUGUACGCACUGGGGAAAGAGUGUUCUCGGAGAGGAGUUAUCUCAGGAUACACCAGCAGAAAAUGCACACGGACAACGUAUAGUGAGUGUUAAAGGAAUAAUUAUUUUAUUUAGCGCUUUUCAUACAAUAUGUCACUUUUAAAAAACAGACAAAAAGAAAAAGUGUGUCUUCUCCUUCAGGGUCCCGUCUAAUGCCUGGGCUCAUAGAAAGCCUGGACCUGGGUCUAGCCUUCCUCAGUUACCUCAUGGUUACCCCACUAAUAGACAGGGUCAGGAUUGGUGUUCACAAGAGGUACCUAGCCUGUAACACAGCACACAAUCCCAACAACACCCAAACAAUGGCUAGAGGAGGGAGCUUAAAGACUAACCAUCUGAGGGUGGUGGCUCCUGCUUCCUCUGGUGUCAUUGGAUUACAACGCGCGAGGCCGAGGACAGAUGCUGACAAGACAUACGCCUGCCCCAGGUGUGGGAAGCACUUCGCUAAGACUAAAUAUAUGAAGCAGCACCAGAACGUUCACACUAAGGAGGCCUUUCAAGUGCAAGCUAUAUUACAAGAGCUUCUCAUUCCUGAGUAGCCUUAUUAGACAUAGGAGUGUCCACAAUAGGGAGAAAUUGUAGCAAUGUGGCUUGAGAUAUAUACAAGGGAUGUCUUGGAACUAUUCUUUAGCUGUUAUAUUAUAAUCAUCAUGUGAAGUGUCUUGGGCUAAGAGGGUAAUUAACCAUAUAACAUUCAUUAAACCUUUGUUACCUUGUCAUUUAAAA